UACCCACCCACCCAGUGCACCCACCCACCUAACCCAUCCAUCCAACCCACCCACCACAAAAAAAACCAAAAAGAGAGUACAUAGAGUACUACAUGAAUGGCAUGACCCUGCUCGCUCGCUCGCGCGCGCCGCCGCGCAGUUUUUUAUUUAUUUGGGGACUUGGGGACUUGAUGCUUGCUUGCGAGCUGCAACGGCGUGCUACUUCACACACACACACACACACACAUACACACACAUACGGAGUCUGGGCUCGAUGCUGCUGUGGCAUGGGUCCGGGCCAAUCAUGUCGUAAGCAUACCGUAGUAACUGGUAUGCUACAUGAGUCCGACAGACAGCGGUGUUACUCUGCUGCUACUACUGCUAGUACUAGUUGUAGGUACUCGGUCGGUCGGUGGCCACCAUAUGUACCAGCCAGGAGUGCAGUGCAGAGUGCAGUGUGGCUAAGGCGGAGGUCGCGAGGGAGGUCGGGCUCAGGGAGGAGAGCAACGGCGGGAAAGGGCCCAACCUCGCCACACGGGUGGCUGGCGGGCGGAUACAGGUGAUACUUCAGCACCACAGACCCUGCAGAUAGUCGUCGCCAGUAUCCCGCCCGAGUGCUGCGUCAUGACGGCGAUGGCGAAGGGCACGCGCGCGCCCCCAAGCUAUGUACCCAGGGACUCGCCUGUAUGAUAUGUAUACAUAGCACAUAG